GAUCGUGGGAGGGGACCCAGGCACAGAGAGCCUAAGUGAUUCGCCCAAGGCCACACAGUGAGCGGGUGGCGAUGUGUGUGGGGUGCCCUUCAGCAAUGCGCCUGGCGUCAUCACAGGCCUCCUCUGGUUAAGACAGUAGGAGGGCAUGCCCAGCCUGACACGAAAUGUGGCUUCUUGUCAUCCCAGCCUCCCAGUCGCUGGUGUAGGCGGGCCUUGGGCUCCAAGUCUUGGCGCGCGACGACACGGACUGAGCCCGAGUCAGUAACACCCGGCACCCCCCACUCCCAACCCCGGCUCUUGAAUGGCUCAGAGACAGGGCCCUGACCGAAGUCACGCAGCUGCUAAGUUUGGGAGCCGGGAUUCGAACCCUGCGGUAUGGGUUUCAGUGACCACAGGCCGGAGAUCAGAGACCACUGGCUCGGGAGUGACCACGUGCGGCCUUGGGUAGCAGUAGCUGAUGUGCAAUUUGGCCCCAUGAGAUUUCAUCCAGAUCAACUCCAGGUACUUUUAGUGUUUACCAAAGAAGAUAACCAGUGUAAUGGAUUCUGCAGGGCGUGUGAAAAAGCAGGGUUUAUGUGUACAGUUACCAAGGAGGCUCAGACUGCCCUCGCCUGUUUCCUGGACAAACACCAUGACAUCAUCAUCAUAGACCACAGAAAUUCCCGACAUCUGGAUGCUGAGGCACUGUGCAGGUCUAUCAGAUCAUCAAAACUCUCAGAAAACACAGUUAUUAUUGGUGUAGUACGCAGGGUAGACAGAGAAGAGUCAUGUGUAAUGUCCCUCAUUGCUGCUGGCUUCACAAGGAGGUAUAUAGAAAACCCUAGCCCCAUGGCCUGUUACAAUGAACUGCUCCAGCUGGAGUUUGGAGAGGUGCGCUCACAGCUGAAACUCAGGGCUUGUAACUCAAUGUUCGCUGCAUUAGAGAAAAGUCAAGAAGCAAUUGAAAUUACAAGUGAAGACCACAUUAUCCAGUAUGCAAAUCCAGCGUUCGAAACAACAAUGGGCUAUCAGUCAGGCGAGUUAAUAGGGAAGGAGAUAGCAGAAGUGCCUAUAAAUGAAAAAAAGGCUGAUUUGCUCGAUACUAUAAAUUCAUGCAAGGAAUGGCAAGGAAUUUACUCUGUCAGGAAGAAAAAUGGAGAUAAUGUACAACAAAAUGUGAAGAUAAUACCUGUCAUUGGACAGGGAGGAAAAAUUAGACACUAUGUGUCCAUUAUCAGAGUGUGCAAUGGCAACAAUAAGGCGGAGAAGAUAGCUGAAAGUGUUCAGACUGACAGUUACACAGAUAAUCAGUCAGGCAAACAUAAAGACAGGAGAAAAAGCUCCCUAGAUGUCAAAACUGUUGCCUCUCGAACAAAUGAAGUUUCCAGCCAGAGACGACACUCUUCCAUGGCCCGGAUUCAUUCCAUGACGAUCGAGGCACCUAUCACCAAGGUCAUCAAUAUCAUCAAUGCUGCCCAGGAAAGCAGUCCCAUGCCUGUGACAGAAGCCUUAGACCGUGUGCUGGAAAUUCUAAGAACCACUGAAUUAUAUUCACCCCAGUUCGGUGCUAAGGACGAUGAUCCUCACGCCAACGACCUCGUCGGGGGCCUGGUGUCUGAUGGUUUGCGAAGAUUAUCUGGGAAUGAGUAUGUUCUUUCAACAAAAAACCUCCAGCAGGCUCCCAGCAGCAGCAUCGUCCCCGUCUCCCUUCACGAUGUCCCAUCACAGAUAACUCGGGCCAUGGAGAAGGAGGAAUACUGGGACUUCAAUAUUUUUGAACUGGAGGCUGCCACUCAUAAAAGGCCUUUGAUUUAUCUUGGUCUCAAAGUGUUCGCUCGCUUCGGAGUCUGUGAAUUCUUAAAAUGCCCCGAGAUGACACUGAGAUCCUGGUUACAGAUGAUCGAAGCCAAUUAUCACGCUUCCAACCCCUACCACAACUCCACACACUCUGCUGACGUGCUGCAUGCCACUGCCUACUUUCUGUGCAAAGAAAGGAUCAAGCAAACUUUAGACCCACUUGAUGAGGUCGCUGCGCUCAUCGCAGCCACUAUCCACGACGUGGACCACCCUGGGAGGACCAACUCCUUCCUGUGCAAUGCCGGGAGCGAGCUGGCCAUUCUGUACAACGACAUGGCUGUGCUGGAGCACCACCAUGCGGCCUUGGCCUUCCAGCUGACCACUGGCGAUGACAAAUGCAACAUCUUUAAAAACAUGGAGAGGAAUGACUACCAGACUCUGCGCCAGGGCAUCAUUGACAUGGUCUUAGCCACAGAAAUGACAAAGCACUUUGAGCAUGUCAACAAAUUUGUCAACAUCAUCAACAAGCCCUUGGUAGCAUUAGAAGAAGAUGGGGAAACUGAUAAAGAUCAAGAAGCCAUAAACACCAUGCUCAGGACUCCAGAGAACCGGACUCUGAUCAAACGGAUGCUGAUCAAGUGUGCUGACGUGUCCAACCCCUGCCGGCCCCUGGAGCAGUGCAUUGAGUGGGCCGCACGCAUCUCAGAAGAGUAUUUCUCUCAGACAGACGAAGAGAAGCAACGGGACUUGCCUGUGGUGAUGCCAGUUUUUGACAGAAAUACCUGCAGCAUCCCCAAAUCCCAGAUCUCCUUCAUCGACUACUUCAUCACAGACAUGUUUGACGCCUGGGACGCCUUUGUAGACCUGCCCGAGUUAAUGCACCAUCUCGACAACAAUUUUAAAUACUGGAAAGGACUGGACGACAUGAAGCUGCGGAGCCUGCGCCCGCCCCCUGAAUAGCGCGGUACCCCGUGGUCACCGGGGACUCCUGAGGGCGGCCAGCGUUCCUUUCAGUGUUAGCCAAUCAGCCCCUUGACGCACAGAGCCUGCGAGAACACCCAGGGUCACCAUCCCGAACCACCUGAUGCCAUUGCUGUAGAGUGAGGCUUCCUUCACUCACUGCGCCAGCCUGCUACCAGGGCUCCGCAGAGAGUCUCAGAGAACACGGCUUGCAUCAGCAUCCGUCUGUCCAACCCUGAGCUCGGGAGGCCCAGCCAAGGACGCUAACGGAGUUUCUGCCAGUGACAGAGAAUGUCUUGUUGCAGUUGCUCUCGACUAUGUUCAGCACUUAGGAACAGCUAAUGGCAAUCGGAUCUUUUCCACAUCAUAGAAGGUGCAAUCACUCACUUUGGAACACUACUGAAAGUGACUUCUCUUUUAAAAUUAAAUGGCGAAUGAAAAAGACAAAUUCUGAAGUUGAUUAUUAAUAUCAAUUAUUAAAAUAUUUUAUUUAUUUUAUUAGAAGUUCACUAUUUUCUAUGAAUUUAAAAAUACUUUAAAGCCAAAGCCAACUUUAGAUACCAUGACCAAAUUUACAUGAUUCAUAGUCAUUAAAAAUAUGCAUCACUUGGUGUAUAGACUUAUUUUCAUAAUGCAAAUGUAAAAUAAAUGAUACAUUUUUACUGCA